AUGAUAACAACUAAACUACACUGCUGUAAACUACAAUCCCAAGAAUUAGCGUUGACAAACUUUGGUUUCAUUAAUAAUGGUUUGUAUACUAAUUUAAAAAAGAACACAAAAGGUAGUGAAUUAUAUGGAGAAAUUUCGAACUUAGUUUUAAUAUUAAAAGGUGAUGGGAACAUAGGAAAAGAUGAAAUUGCUCUAAAUACAUGUCAGAGAGAAUUUUCAAGAAUACAGUUAAAAGAAGAAAUUCAAAUAAAUAUACUUGAAAAGGAAAAUAAACGAGAUAUCUUGCACUUUAUUCCUAUUGAUAGUAUAGAAAUAGAGGUAAAUUUAUUUGUUAAACCUGAUCGAUUAAUUGAAAUGGGUGAUGAAAUGUUAGAGGAAUUUUUUAAAAAGUAUUUUCUUAAUCAUAUAUUAACGAAAGGACAAAUAUUGGCACUAAAGUGUAAUGAUGUUUUAUUUAAGUGUAUUGUAAAGAAUUUGAAAACAGCCGAAUUUGACGAAAUUAAAAGAUUAAAUAGAAAUCGUUCUAAUUUGAGCUCUUAUUUUAAAAUGAAUGAUAAUGAAAUGAAUAAUAAGUAUAAUAAAAAUAGUAUGGACGAAAGAGGUAUUUUGUUUGAAAAUACAGAAUGUGUAUUUACAAGUAUAAGUGAUGGCAAAUUAUUUAUAGAAUCCAAAAAAGUAUUAAAAAAAAAUAUUAUAAAAAAUAAUUUUAAUUUUGAAGAAUUAGGUAUAGGUGCAUUAGAUGAAGAAUUUAAGAUAAUCUUUAGAAGAACCUUUGCAAGUAGAAUAUAUCCAAAUUAUAUUAUAAAACAAUUAGGUAUAAAACAUGUGAAGGGAAUUAUAUUAUAUGGACCACCAGGUACUGGAAAAACUUUGAUUGCUAGACAGAUAGGAAAAACGUUAAAUGCUCGAGAACCUAAAAUUAUUAAUGGUCCAGAAAUAUUAAAUAAAUAUGUAGGACAAUCUGAAGAAAAUAUUCGAAAUUUAUUUAAAGAUGCUGAAUUAGAAUAUAAACAAAGUGGAGAAAAUUCGUUGUUACAUAUAAUAAUAUUAGAUGAAAUAGAUGCAAUAUGUAAACAAAGGGGGAAUGCUUUUUCAAGUGGUACAGGAGUCAAUGAUAGUAUAGUUAAUCAGUUAUUAUCUAAAAUUGAUGGUGUAAAUAGUUUAAAUAAUAUUUUAUUAAUUGGGAUGACAAAUAGAAUUGAUUUAAUUGAUGAAGCUUUAUUAAGACCAGGUAGGUUUGAAUUACAUAUAGAAAUAUCUCUACCUAAUAAGGAAGGUAGGGUUCAAAUAUUGAAUAUUCAUACAAAAAAUAUGAGAAACAGUAAUAAAUUAAGUCCCGAUGUUAAUAUAGAAGAAUUAGCCGAGAAAACCCCUAAUUUUUCAGGAGCAGAAAUUGAAGGAUUAGUACGAAAUACCGUAUCUUAUGCUUUUGAAAGACACAUAAAUUUUAAUGACUUAACAAAACCAAUUAAUGCAGAUGAUAUUAUGAUAACUAAGAAUGAUUUUUUAAAAGCAUUAAAGGAAACGAAACCUGCUUUUGGCGCAGAAGAAGAUAUUAUCGAAAAUUUACUGUCUAAUGGUAUCAUUAAUUAUGGAAAGGAAUAUGAAAAUAUUGAAAAUACUUGUAAAUUACUAAUCAAACAGAUAGUAGAAAAUUCUAAUACUAAUUUAAUGAGUGUUUUAUUAUAUGGAGAAAAUGGUACAGGUAAAACAACUAUUGCAGCAUAUUUAGCUAAAUGUGCAAAUUUUCAUUUUACGAAAUUUAUAACACCUGAAAAUUUAAUUGGUUAUUCUGAAAUUAGUAAGAUAAAUUAUAUAAACAAAAUUUUUGAGGAUGCAUAUAAAACGCCACUUUCUUUAGUUAUUUUAGAUAAUAUUGAAAGGUUAAUUGAUUACACACGUAUAGGACCCAGAUUUAGUAAUUCUAUUUUACAAGCUAUUAUGGUUUUAAUAAAAAAAAAACCGAAAAAAGAAAAUCAAAAAAUUUUAAUUAUUUGUACUACAUCCGAAUAUCAAUUUAUGAGGGAUGUAGGGUUGAUUAAAAAUUUUUAUGUUAAUAUUGAAGUACCAUUAUUAAAUUGUUCUACUUCAAUUAAGAACGUUUUACAUAAUAGAAAUGAAAUUUAUCAUGAUUUCCCAGAGAAAGAAAUAGAGCAGGUUAUUUCAUCCAAUGUAAUAAAAAGCAUCGCAAUUAAAAAUUUACUUAUGGUUAUUGAUAUGGCAUCAGAAGCGUCAAACGAUAGGAUAAUUACCAGCGAAAUUUUUUUAAAAGCAUUUAAUGACUGCGGUAUUUUUUUUGAUGAUGAAUCGUAUGAAUGA